AUGUCUCUGAUAUCGUCUAUCCGCAACCGCUACCUGUCCUGGUCACACUCCACGCCCCUACCAGACCUGCCAGCCACAGUGCCGCCCGUGUUCCAGGACUGGCACGCCUUCAACGAGACAACCUCCAACUGGGAGCUUGUCCAGCCCGACCUGGGCCACACAUCAACGCCAAUACCGCAAGAACCAAACCUGCGGCUGCUAACAUGGAACAUCGACGCCUUCGGCGAAGAGCCCGGGGCGCGCAUGGGAGCAAUCCUCUCCAGGAUCCGCCAGAUGCAGACAGGCGACAACGACAACAACAUCAACGGGCCCGACAUAAUCUUCCUCCAGGAGGUCUCAAGACCCGCCCUGGCCCACCUCCUCCAGGACCCAUGGGCCCGAGAGGCCUGGAUAUCAAGCGACGCAGACGAGACCAGCUGGGCCGGCGGCGCGCACUUCGCCACCAUGACCCUGCUCUCCCGGCCCCGCUUCCUCCCCGGCGGCCCCGGCGGCUCCCAGCCUGAGAAGCCCUCGCCGGGGACAACCCCGGACAGCGCCUGGGGCUUCUCCCUCGGCCCCGUCUGGCGGGUGCGGUACCCGAGCCGCUUCGGGCGCGACGCCCUGUGCUGCGACCUCGUGUGGGACCGCACGGCGCGGGUCCGCCUCGUCAACGUGCACCUCGACUCGCUGCCCAUCCAGCCGAACCUGCGGCCGCGGCAGGUCGGCAUCGCGGCUGACCUAGUGCGCGCGGCUGCUGCUGCUGCCGCCACUGCUGGCGGAGGGGGAGGGGGCCGGGGUCUUGUCGCGGGCGACUGGAACCCCGUCACGGAAGGGGAUGCACACCUGGCGCGGGACAACGGGCUGGUGGACGCGUGGGAGCACCUGCGCCCGGGGGAGGACGGGUUCACGUGGGGCUUGGAUGGGAAGGGGGAGCCGUUCCCGCCGGGGCGGCUCGACAAGGUUGCUGUGCUGGGCCUCAGGGUCACGGAUAUCGAAGUCGUGCAUCCUGGGACACUACAGGCGGCGGCUCAUUCUGAAGGUGAUGCUGGGGUGCCGUGGAGUGACCACUCGGGGCUCAUUUGCAGCUUCACACAUAUCGAUGCAGCUAGCUGA